AGUUCCAAAAAUUAAUAUAGGCAUACAGCGCUGGAAUCAGCCGAGUGAAACAGUAACCAGAAAUGAUAGAAGAAAUGAUACCGGCGAGAAAGAUAAAAGUCGAAGCGGCAUAACCUCGAAAAGAAAACGUAAAUUCUGAUAAAGCUGUCGUGUUUGUGAAACAAGAAAGAAAGUAGGUGAUUGAAAAUAAUUCAAGACUUCUCAAAGGUGAGAAGAUGCAGAUGAUGCAGCAGGAAAACGCGUCGGUGCUGAGCGCACCAGUUGUUCCUGUUGUACUAGACCCCGCGAUUGCUAUAAGGAUAACUUUGGGCUCGAAACUGCCUCGCGAGAGAGCACUGAUGAACAACGCGGAUUUGUGGCACAAAAUCAAAGUCAUCAAGGGCGGCCAGUGGGACAAGCAUACGGUCUUGAAGGCUAUUUUGAGGGCGGUGGAGCCAGCAGACAUGUUACCGGUCAAGUAUCAGGUUUGCGGCGAGGACGCAUAUUUUGUAGCGAGGAAUUGCGGCCCUGCGCUGGAGAUGCUGUGCAAGACGAGUAUGAUCAUCCGAAACGCCAAGGGCGAGGCCAUGAUUCUCAUGAUAACCUUGGGAUUUACUUCGAUCCGCGAUCUGAGAAUCAACAUGCAUUCCAUUCUGUUGACUGCAUUGACCAGAAGAUACAAUCCGAGCGAGAAAACUUUGAACCUGGAGCGCUUCCACGCGGAUCCGGAUGUGGACAAGACCAUCUAUUGCCCGCUGUCGCAGCUUAGAACUUGCAACUACAUUUUAAACCUGGCCAAGACCAAGAUAGCCACCUUCGAGCAUCUCAAUUUGCAACACAACGAAUUGUUCGACAUAUCGGCGAUAGAGAAUGCAAAGCUGACGUCCGUCAAAUAUCUGGACCUCAGGCACAAUAAUCUGUUGAACAUGAGCACAUUGGUGCCUCUGAAAAAUCUAGAGGUCGUCAAACUCUGGCUCGAUGGCAAUCCCCUUUGCGAAAAUUACUCGACCGCGAAGCAAUACGUGGAAUCCGCAAGGAGAUACUGCCCGAACCUGCAGGAAUUGGACGGCGUGUGCAUUAUGGAAAAUAUGCCGUUGAUAUACAAGGACUAUUUUCGGGACGACAAGGCGCAGGGCUUCGCGCACGCAUUCGUCACUCACUUCUUCGCUCUGUACGAUCAGCUCGACCGAACGUGUCUACGAGGACUCUAUCACAAAGACGCGUUCUACUCCAUGAGCUUCACCAUCUCUCAGCAGAUCUCGCAAAAGAUAGGCGCCAGUCAGUACACGUUCAAUAGAAAUCUAUUGAAAAGAGGCGCCAAAAAAAAUAGACAAGCAUCUACAAACCUCUACCACGGCCAGGAGGACAUUCUGGGAGCUUUCAGCAAGUUGCCCCGGUCCUAUCACGACGCGAGUACCUUCACAUACGACAUCAUGUACGACAACGACAAGAUCAUAGUGUUCAGCGUCUCGGGAUUGUUCAAGAAACUGAGUUCCGGCAUGUGCGUGUUAUCGUUUUCUAGAACGUUCGUCUUAGUAGCCUCCCUCGACAACGAGUAUCACAUUUUAAACGAUCAGUAUCACGUAUUCGCGGCACCCGACAACACGAGAACUGACAAAGUAGUGGUCAAGCACGUUUACGAAGACAAAGAGCCGGUUUGCUUCAGUCUGAGUGAGAAGUCUGUACUGAUCACCAGACUGCAGCAGGUCACAAAGAUGAACAAGGAAUGGUGCGUGAUCUAUCUGUCGCAGGCCGAGUGGGACACGCGGAAGGCGAUAUCCACCUUCAUAACGGAUCUCAAAGAUUCCGCGAUACCGGACAGCGCGUUCGUCUCGUAGGGCUCGCGACGAUACGCUCCCAGUGAGAAAUGAUACGUCGAUCGAUGUCGAAACCUAUGCCGAAUCGACAUCGGCACCGUCAAAUUGACGUUGAUUCGACAUCGAUCGACGAGUCAUUUCUCGCUGGGUUGCUUUCACACCGUCGGCGCGCGUUCGAAACUCUAUGUAAAUAGUAAAAAUAACAGUAACAUAAAAUUAAAUUUGCACACGUUUUUAGAAGUUUGCAAACCUUUCCCACGAUCACGAUUUCUUGCGAAACGUACGAUUCCUCUUUUUUUUUCCGUCGCGAGAAAUCGUCGCGUUAAUCGCGCGUUUAAUUGAACAUCUCCCAUAACGUGUAGAUAUUGGCUUCGCGCGAGACGAUAGUAUCGUAUAUCAAUGAAUAUAUCGCAAGGCGAUGCGGAUUACUCGCAUGGCAUUUAAAUGGUCUGCGGGAUGGAGAACGAGAUGCUUAGUGACUUCAUCCAAAGGUUAUGCACUCAAGGACCGUAGCGAUCAUCCGGACGAUGUGAAUGAAACAAAAUCGCGAAGGCAGGCGAGUUUUUUCUACCCUUUCUAAUCGUCUUACGUCGCAGUACGCGAAAGCUGUGCGAAGAGCAUCGAGACUCUAUUUAUGCACGAUUAGGUAAAUCACUAUGUUCGAACGCGGAUCUGUAAUGGCUUAUUAAUAAUUUAAUCCCGAGAGCGAGGCACUUAUGGUCAUUGUCACUACUAAAAUAGAUGCGGCGUAGAGCCGAGAAUAAAAUUGUCAUCUGUUAAUAGAACCAGUAUUUAUAACAGAUUUUAUACGCGCACGUAAUUAUACGUUUCAAUUACGCGGGCUCGAUAACGGUGUGCAUAAUUUAUCGCUAACACCCGUGCUAGAAUAAUAAUUAUGGAAGUAAUUCAUAGUCCGAGCGAUUGUGGGAGAAAUAAACUUUUUAUUACGCGCGCGCGCGAGGUGAACUUUACGCUCUGUACGUGCAAAUUUUCGCCGAGAAAAUAAUACGAAUGAGUUAAUAGUUCGCAAUAAAGACGUGACUCGAGUUGCAAUCGUGACGUUUGGCGCACGGCAGUAAUUUUAUUCCAAUAAGAAAAUAAUAGAUCCCGCCUGGUAAAAGCUCUUUUCGCUGCACGAAUUUCAGACAAUGCAUGUCAUUAAUUAAAUAGAAUUGCGUAACAGAAUUGCGAAGAUUAAGUACGCGAUUAUUGUACGUAAACACGUAAUUAUGGCCUAAAAAGAUCAACUUCGAAGGACAAGAGAUAGCUUGAAGCGUAAGAUGCAGCUCGAAUGUAACAGCACGAGUGUUUGCAUUGCAUCAGCGUUGCAAGGAAAAAUGCAGUAAUGCCACGGUGGCCAAAUAAACAAUCAUAAUACGUUUACGGUAGUCCGAUCGUAUCUUCCGCGGCUCUUCUUUUUGCGCAAUCUUGUCACUUCCGGAUCGUCAGGGAUCAGGAACAUUCUUUCGCGUGUGAAUAAGAAUGAAAGAAGAAAAUACUUUGUGUAAUACUACGGUUAUGCCGGUAUAUCGGAGAAAUAAGUUUUAACGCAGCAGAUCGCGCGGCGCCUUACACAUUUUAGCGUUAAUUUUUGAAGGAGUCACUCGCGCGCCUCUCUUUAACCAGCGAUUAUAAAAAGCGAGACGCGGAAAUGAUAUACAAAAGGAUCGAGAAAUGUUGAGCUACACUAACCGAGUUGAGUUGCUAACAAUUAGCCGGGAGCCGAGAGAGGGCUGCACGUAUAGAUAACGACAUAAUAAAAUGAUUGUUCCCUACUGUGAGACUCUGUAAAGCCUCCCACGAGAAGCGCCUUUGAGAAGUUUGCCUUCGUAAAAAUAGACAACCGUGCAUCCUUCCAGCACCAAUUAACCCUUGUAUUAAUUAAAACUUUCUUCCCGAUAGUCCGAUGCUUCCUGCAUUGGCACCUUGGAAAUCGAAAGUAUCGACACCCGAGGCGCGAUCCCGCGUACAGAGCAAUUAGAAUAAUUAAGUGAAUUACGUUUUAAUAUUCAGAGGAACUUUAGGUUCCAUGCAAUAAAAGGCAACGGUAAAUGUGAACAUGUAAUCAAUCUAAAUGCCAUUAUUCCUAUAUAGUCAUCACUUUGCAAGUCAUGUAUAUCGUGUAUUUCAUUUGUGAAAAUCGCAAAUGGCGGCGUCGAACGUAAAUGUGUCAAGUUGUGGGUCAGGGUACCACAGUGAAGGAGGAAGGAGUAUGAUUAAAAAGAUCGGGACAUGCUUAUGCCAAGAGGCUCGUAAGAGGCGUACGCACGAUGUAACGCACCUGAAGAUGUUUCUUCCAGAUAACCCGCGAGAGAAAGUCAUAUCAUGCAGAUCCUAUGUAAAUUUUUCGUGUCGUCGCUCCGCCGAAAGGCGCCGGCAAAAAUGGAAAGACCGCGCGCGCUUGUGAUUCUCUCCCGCGAUUAGAGAUGGGCUUCCAUUGAGUGGUAACGGGGAUGAGACCAGAGAGGAGAAAAUUAAUAGCAAAACUUGUAGCGUAACACGAAGAUAACGCGCUAUACAGAUAUUCAUUAUGCAAAGCGAGAAGUGCGAAAAGUUAAGUAACAUGAUAUCUGAUGCUAUUCGCCAUUCCGUUACUCGCUUAUCGAUGCUAACAAGCGAGGAAAACGUGCGUGUAAACGCCUAGAAUGUCACGUACAAUAGUAACCAGGCAGGAAAGAUUUAAUGCAUAACGGUAAUUUCCAAUCGUGUGAGAAGCGAGACUGUCCAGAGUGGAGCGAAAUUAUUUAUCGCCGAAUUAUCAAAUUUCAGAUCGAUCACAUUUAACGAAAUAGUAAUUUAAUCAAUUAAUUAAUUGCUGUAUUGUACAGCGAUAAAUGUUUUACGAAAAUUCAUAUUAGAUUCAUGUGCAGUCUAUGCCAUUCCGAAAUCUUCAUAGCAAAUGGGACAAAUUUGCAUAUGUUUGUUAUUACAGUCAAAUUGUGUAUCGCAAAUGCGUGAUAAAAGUGCAAAAUAAAAAUGUAUAAUAAGAAUA